AUGAGCUUAGUGAGCUACACGACAGUUCCUGACAACCAUCAGGAACCUUGUGAUGCGUCGACAAUAAAUCCUGAGAGAUGUGAUGACACUGACCUGAUCGCAGAGGACUCAAUUCACGGGGCCACAAUACCGAUCGCGUUCCGAGAAAUCUUGUUCGAUCUUCACCUGCGGCAAAGCCAGCGAAUCUUCUGCCCUGCGCACGCGUGGUGCAGAUUCCCUCUGGAAGUCUUCGAUGCGGAGGGCUGCGGUGCCAUGAAUCGCUAUGGCUUCGACAGUGGGGAGCCGUGCUUCCUAUUCGAGCUCAAGCUGCAGUCAAGCUGGACGCCGAUCUUCACUCGCAACGUCACGCUCUUGCCGUUCAAAUGUGAUGCGUAUGACCAAGCGUCACUGCGCAAGAACCCGGAGGUGAAGAUCAUCUCGGCAUUUGGUAACGGUACGCAAGACGGAUUCCCAGUGAAUAAGGUGAGAGUUAGGGUCAGCAAAAAAAUACGGGUAAGGUCGUGA